ACUCUGCUUUUAAAUAAGGCAUUGACUUCACUGUCUACUUUAUACUCCCACAGGUUGCGAAUAAAAUAAGAAACCAGUUCAAUGGCUCCUAAAAAGCCACCAGAUAAGCCGGAGAAAGCUGAACCACCCGCAGGAGACAAGGCCGCAAAAGCACCAGGAGAACUAACACCUUUGCAGGAAAAAGUGAAAAAGUUCUUCGAAUCUUCAUAUUCCCUGUAUGUUGGCGUAGUGCUUGUGAUGGGCUCCGUUAUAGGGGCAAUAAUGCUGACCUAUCUGUAUGUUAAGGAAGUGCAAAGGAGAGCCAUAUUUGAAGAAGGAACGACAAAGAUUCUGCAAAUGGUAGAAGACACCUUUCCGGAUCUUUUUGAGGCAGAUGAUAUCACAAAAUUCAAGAAAGCUGAGAAUAUAUCUGCAGCAAUAUCCGAAGAGAAAAAGAAAAUCAGUGAACUACAGCAGGCUAUUAGUGACAUUCACCACAGGUUACGUGAGGAAUGGAUUGUUUGGCAUGGAGCCCUAUAUAUAUUUGACUUCAUUGCCACCCCAAGGACUUGGAAACAGUGCAUACAAUACUGCGAAAGGAUGAAAUACGAUACAAGAUUGUUAUGUGUUGAAAGUGAUGAGGAGCAGGCCUUUGCUGUAUCCAUAGUGAAGCCCAGACCGACCGAUUAUUUUAUUGGAAUUAACAUGGUAGGCUCAGAUUGGCGCUGCUAUCAAAAGGGCUUUCGCCUGGAUAAACUGUAAGUCCAAACUCCUCCUCAUCUGGGAACUUUCAUAACUAAUAAGUAUUUGAAGAGAGCCAAGAUGUUUCUGUGUUUAUAUUGUUCUUUAUGAUGGUUUAAUUUAUAGACCAAUUCGUUU